UUCAAAAUGUUUAUAAGAAGAGUGUUUGCGUUGUUUAUACAACUACCCAACAAAAGUUCUGCACAAUUUUUAGUUAAGAGAAGCAUACCCAUAGUUCAACAGAAUAGGAUACUUUCAAAAGUAGUGAAUUCAAAAAUUGGUGAACAACAAACUCAGAUUUCAGGUUACCUAACCGAAAGUCCACUAAUUUCAUCCCAUCUCAACGGAGAUGGUACCGCUGCUAACCGAGAGGCCGCGUGGAGAACAAUUAAGUACACUUUGUUACUGAGCGCGACAGCAGUUUUAGGUACAGGAAUCUAUUUAGUUGUCAAAUUUGGAAAACCACAAGCAGCUGAAAAUGGUCUACUUAUUCCAGACGAAUUUUAUGCUCAACCCACCCCACUGCAAUACAUCCGAAGAGCUUUGAAGGUGUUGGAAGGGUAUGUGCGUUUAAUUAGCGAACCGUCUAGGGAAAAGCUUCUGCCCGACGAAUUAAAUCCUCCAUACUAUCAACCGCCUUUUACACUAGUUUUAGAGCUCACCGAUGUACUGGUCCACCCUGACUGGACGUACCAAACUGGGUGGAGGUUUAAAAAACGCCCAGGGGUCGAAUAUCUUUUGGAAACCUUAAGCGGUUUGUACGAAAUUGUGAUAUACACAGCUGAACAGGGAAUGACGGUAUUUCCGAUCGUGGAAGCGCUAGAUCCAAAGAACUUGAUAAUGUACAAAUUAGUGCGAGAUGCAACUAACUUUGUGGACGGCGCCCAUGUUAAAGAUUUGAACAAAUUAAACAGAGAUCUUAGCAGAGUUAUAGUAGUUGACUGGAACGCAAACUCCGCCAAAUUUCACCCAGAUAACGUGUUCCAAAUUCCCCGAUGGGAUGGUAAUGAUAACGACACGUCCUUGAUCGAUUUGACAGCAUUAUUAGUUACAAUAGCGCACUCCGGUGUUGAGGACGUUAGAGAAGUGAUCAACUACUACAAAGAUUUUGAUGACGGUCUUGCGGCAUUUAGAGAAAAACGGAACGCCAUUUUGGAAGACCAGGAUCUGCGUCCAAAUACGCCAUCCGAGAGCCCAAUUCAGAAACUCUCCAAGAACCUCUUCGCCAAACAGCACAAACUUCUGUAA